CCGCCGCCCCCUGGUCCCCAUGUCCUUCUUCGAUGUGUCCCCCAUCGCGGCCGCGGCCAACCCGGCACAGCCGAUCCCGGUCCUCUAUCCGAUCGAGAUCUAUGGCAUCGUUGGCCUCCCGCUGCUGAUCGCCUGCUAUGUGUGGUUCCUGGCACGCAGUCACACCGAGCCCAUCAUGACUCGUGGGCGUCUGCUCACGUCUCUCUCCUUCUGGGCAAUUAUCAUCCACCAGACGGUCCUCAUCCUGUCCUCGCCCAACUUCGGCCGGGACUUCACCUGUUUCCCGGCCAUCAUCUCCGGCUCGCUUUUCAUGAAUACCUGGCUGCUGCCGCUCAUCUUCCGCGGUUACAUUGCCUACUUCAACUACGUGCAUCAUGCCGGUGCACUCAAGGACACGGUGAUGCGCAUCCACGGGUCCAGCUCCUCGGAUUUCAUGUCCACCGAUGACAGCGACGAUGGGCUCCUCUCCGACACGAGCACCGGCGGCAGUGGUCUGCGUGCGCGCCGGUCUGGCUCUUCGAUCGACACCAACAAUGCCCUGGCAAAUGCGGCCCUCACGGCGGCCGGGCCAUUCGACUCCGUUUCGCCGGAGGUCUUCGACGCGGUCAUGCGCCACCACAGCGAGAAGGCCAGCUCCUCCGAGUUCCCCCCGGCCCCGGCUCCCUUCGAGGGCGAUGCCGAGGCUGCCGCCGGUGCCAGCAGCGCCGCCGAGGCCCAGCAGGUGGUCGCCGGGCGCAAGGCAUCCCGCAAGCAGGCCGACCUGUCGCGCUACUACCGCUUCCUCCGGCUGAUUGCCCUCCGCCGGAACCAGAUCAUCAUCUACUGCACGGUCAACGUCCUGUAUCUGGGCAUCGCGGCCCUGAUGGUUACCUUCUCCGCCAAUGGCUGGAAUGACUUCUCAUCUGGCAACGGUCUCUGCGCCUUCCAGGUUCGCUUCUUCAUCAUGAUCCAGGCCCUGAUCUAUGUGGCCAUCACCAUCCACCUGUCUUUCCUGCUGCGUGGUGUGAAUGAUACUUUCAUGAUUCAGAACGAGCUCACUAUCCAGAUGGCCGUCUCCUUCAGCCUCGGGAUUGUGUGGAUCAUUGUCGUCUUUUUGGCGCGCCAGCUCUACCCCUUCGGCCCGGACCAUGUCAUCAUCACCCUCUCGUCGGUCUGCUGCCUGAUUAUCACCGUCUACCCCCUCUACCUGUCCUACACCCCCUUCUUCAAGUCCCUCACCCGCCAGCGCCUUGCCCUGCGCCGCGGCGCCAGCACCGGUGGAUCCGGCUCCUUCGACUCCAGCUUCGAUCACCUCCCCGCGCAGGCUACCCAGAACGAAGAGCUGAAGGCCAUCCGCGGCUUGAACCAGGAUGACAUGGCCCUCAUGAAUGACAAGGAGAACAAGAGCACCUCGGUUCGCGUGACCGACUCCAAGAUCACCUCGGUCGGGGACCUGCUCGGGUAUGAGCACAUGCUCCGCCUGCGCAACCCCAAGCUCCGGAAUGCCUUCGCCAAGUUCUGCGUCUCCUCCUGGUGUGGUGAGAUCCCCCUGUUCCAUGCCCGUGCUCGGCGUUUCGAGUCCCGCUGGGACAAGCGCCUCCUGAGCGAUCGUCUCGAGGAUGCGAUGGAGAUUCGCAAGCUCUUCCUCGACCCGAACUCCCAGUACGAGAUCAACAUUUCCGGCUCCGUCAGCCGGGAAAUCCUCCGCGCGCUGGAUGCCUGUGUGGCCGCCUUCGACCGGGGGAAGCUCUCCUCCAUCAACAUCACCUCCGACGGGGUCCUUGUCUAUGAGAACACCCGGCCGACGGGCAAGCAGUCGUCGGAUUCCCUGCCCGGGGCUACUUCCUCCGGCAGCGCCGCCGGCCCGGUCGCCGACAUGGUGUACCUCCGUCGGGAUAUCUUCCUCAAGGCCGAGCGCGAGAUUGUCGACCAGCUGGAUCGCAUGCUGGCCACUUGGAAGAUCUCCCCCGAGGGCCAGACCAAGAUCGCCCUCGCGCUCAACCUCAACCCCACCGGCGAUGCGACGUCCGCCGGUCAUGAGAUGAAUGUCCUGACCCCGCGCCGGAGCUCGCGCUCUCGCCGCAAGGAGUCUCUCUCGGCCGACGGCGACAGCGACGCCACCGCAUCCAAGUCCGCCGAUUUGGCUGCCUCUUCCGCCAGCCCCGGCGCCACCGUGUCUUCGCCCUCGCCCGCUUCCUCGCCGGAUGCCAGUGUCAAUGACAGCCCGGCGGUUUCGGCCGACAAGGAUGCGGCCCUGGUUUCGACCCUCACCGGUGGCAAUGAUGCCGCCGUUGCCGUCAGCCUGGAUUUCAACAUGGAGCCGGUUUCGCCCAACAGCGGUGCCGCCUCCACGGCCGCCUCUCUCGGCGUUGUCAUGGCCAAGCCCAGCGACAAGGAGGGCGCCUCGGAUGACGGGUCGUCCAUCCGGUCGAACGCCUCGUCCAGCGCCUCUUCAGCCGCGUCCGAUUGAGUGUCAGCCCAUUUCCAUGCGCCGCCCAAUCGCCGGUGCACUUGUCGUCUCCCCGGCCUCCUCCCUCUCUUUCUUCCUCUGUCUUCCCCUCUCCACUUCUCCCUCCUUGCUGUGUGUCAGUCCGGGGAAGAGAACCGACGACAGUCGCUGCGCAUGGAUGAGCCAGCGCGCGCGGCCUGUGCCCUGUGCAUGGCAUUGCUCUGGCGGCCCCUCCUCCGCUCCAUCUGUCCAUCUCUUCUCGCCCUCUUCCUCCCUCCACUUUCCUUAGAUCCCUGGUGGAGGGAGGUAUGCGAGAGCGAGAGGGAGCUCCCUGUUCCCCCUUACCUACCUACCUGCUGCCUGUCGCAGGGGCGCCAUCGUGUGAUCCUCAACCCAAUUUUGUCCUCCUUCUUCUCUCCUCCUCCCCUACUCAAUGUCCCUUGUCCUUGAGCCAGAGAAAAUCAUUCCUCCCCCUCCCUCUCACCCCCUUUCCCUCAUUUUUUUUUUUUUGCUGCUCGCCUUUCCGUGCACUUGUCGCAGGGGUGGCCAUCUGCCACUUGCGCGUCCUACACCCGCGGCAUCACGCGUCCUCCACACGCGCAAGGAGGGAAGGGGCGGGGGAGGGGGG